CGAUGUCUAAAAUCAUCAACAUGCUGAAGAAAAAGAACCCAGAGCAACAGACUGGUGCGGUGACCUGUAUUGUGGUUGGGGCAGGCAGUCGAGGAGGCACGUACGCAGCUUAUGCACAGCACUACCCUGAUAGAAUGAGGGUGGUGGGAUUAGCUGAACCCAGAGAAUAUCAGAGAAAUCAAAUCAAAGAAAGGAACAACGUCCCAUCAAGCAAUGUCUUCACAGACUGGCAUGAAGCAGUCGAGAGAGACAAGUUUGCCGACUGCGUCAUCAUCACAACAGUGGACCGAGACCACAAGGAUCCUGCUGUAGCCUUUGCCAAGAAGGGCUAUAACAUUCUGCUGGAGAAGCCAAUGGCUGUUACGGAGGCUGACUGUCGUGAGAUCGUGAAGACAUGCAAGCAGCACAAUGUUUGCUUGGCUGUCUGUCAUGUGCUCCGGUAUGUUCCGUGGGCCAGGAAGAUUAAAGAGGUUAUCGCUAGCGGCAGGAUAGGGGAAGUGGUCAAUAUUCACCACACAGAGCCGGUCGGUUUCUGGCAUUUUGCUCAUUCGUUUGUUCGCGGAAACUGGCGCAAUGCAAGUGAGAGUUCCAACUCUCUGCUUGCCAAGUGUUGCCAUGACGUCGACCUCAUCAAAUACUGGUUCGGGGAGACUAGAUGUCUCAAAGUAGCAUCGUUUGGGAAUCUAACACACUUUACAAAAGCUGAUAAGGUUGGUUUCUGGCACUUUCCACAUGCCUUCGUCAGAGGGAACUGGAGGAAUGAAGAAGAGAGUUGUAAUUCUCUGCUGGGAAAGUGUUGCCAUGAUGUGGACCUCAUCAAGUGUUGGAUGGGGGAGAAGAAAUGUCAGCGUAUAUCAUCAUUUGGAAAUGUCAGCCAUUUCCGGAAAGGGGAUAAGCCAAAGGGGGCAGCAUCUCGUUGCAUGGACUGUCCACAGAAGAUAGAGACCUCUUGUCCAUACUCAGCGAAAAGAUAUUACCUUGAUGAAGUCAAAUCUGGUAACCGAGGCUGGCCAGUUUCUGUCAUCGCAGAUGUCCCUGACAUUGAAAGUGUGACAGAGGCCCUCAAGACUGGACCAUAUGGAAGAUGUGUGUAUGAGUGUGAUAAUGACGUAAUGUCACACCAGGUCGUAAAUUUCCAGUUUGAAGGCGGCUCAACAGCGAGCCUGACAAUGGUGGCCUUUACGAAGAAAGUGUGCCAACGUGAGGUGAAGGUCUAUGGGACCAGGGGAGAAAUCUCAUGUGUUGAUGAUGGCAUCAGAGUGUUUGACUUCUUAAGUGGACAGACAACCACAGAAAGUCUAAAGGUGGAUGAGUUCGCCCGGCGAUGGGGCCAUGGAGGAGCGGACUAUCACCUCAUUCACACCUUCGUCACAGCCAUCAAGGAGAAUAACCCGGAAUUGAUAGAGACAGGAGCAGAUGACACUCUCAACAGCCAUCUUCUUGUCUUCGCUGCUGAGAAAGCUCAUAAAGAAAACUGUGUCGUGACGAUAAAUCCAGAUGGAACAUUUUAAGGAACAUCCUGCAAGAACAUUUCAAGGAACAUUUUUUUUUCCUUGGGCUGAAGGUCUAUUUUUGUACUAUUCAAGGGGUUAUACAUAUACUUAGACCCAUGAGUGGAUAAAAUCAUUGAAUCGAAGUUUGUAAAUGAUCACAGUAUUCAAGAUGAGUCUUGAUAUUGAACUAUCUUCACUCAACAGUGAUUUGUACAUCUGAACUAAAGGGACCAACUAUUUCAUGUCCUUUAUGAAGAGGAAGUAGGGGCUGCUGAUGUCUUGGAUUCAGUCCUCCAAAAAGAAGACAAUCUCAUUCAAAUCUGAUAAGAUUAGAAAUCUCAGCACAUAGUAUAACAGGUCACAUCAGAUUGACAUUUCAUGCCCUUCACCUUUGACCUCAUCGCUGAAAGGUGAAAGAAGGUACAACUGUGUUUUCAAAUCAUACAAGCUCAGGGCAUUUCAGGAUAGCCUUUUAAAAUGGAAGAGGCAAACAAUCUAGGGCCAUCUAUGAAACAUUCAAGAAUAUUCCUCAGUUCAGUUCUCAAAUUUUGAAUCAAGAAUUUUGUUGAAAAAUGUGUAAGUGUGGUGGUUGUGAAUGGAAGUUGCCAUUUUGAGACUGGAACCAUAAAGCUCAAGAAACUUGCUUUUCUAUAUCGUUGGUGAGUCAAAGUUAGUGAAAUGUCUUUCUGAGCUGUCCUCACAUCUCUGUAGUAGGCACUCAUUAAGAUCUGAUUUUAAUGAACCAUAUUCACAAUUUUUUCCUUAUUUAUAUGCAAACAGCUUGUGGAAUCCUUGAUAAGUCCCAGACUUUUGAUCACCACCUGAUACAAAAAUCCAAUCUAAAAUAAAAAUGACAAUUAAUGGAACCAUUACUUGUGGACAUAGGGGUGGUGGGGUAGCCUAGUUGUUAAAGUGUUUGCUUGACAGCUGAAGACCCGGUUCGAUUCCCCACAUGGGUACAAUGUGUU